CAGAACUCUGAUCGACUCUGACUCCGAGUCUUGGUCCCAGCUGAAACUUGAAAGUUGAAACCAUAGGCCCGUGAUGUUGGGGGCCAGCGUGCCAUUCUAAUUUCUAGAGGCAUUGUCAAUGAUCGUCUUUAUACUUUAGAUCGCGUGUUAGCCAGCGAUUCUAGAGCAGCAUUGAGCAGUUCUGGGGCAACCUGGUCACCUGUGGCGGUGGUGGUUGGGAAAUGUGAUGGUCUUCGGUUGUGGCAAAAUAUAGGUUGGACUUCGUGACUUGCUUGUCAGCUGAUGCUGCAUUCUUGAAUCAUGGCGCACAAUGUGUCUGACAAGAAGUUGAAGAAGGGCGCCAGAGCUGCAGAAAAGAUUGAUGUCAAGGACUUCCCACUUCCGUAUGAACUCUUUCCACCGCCGCUGCAUCCUAAUCUUAUCAGAACUCCCUUCAGUGAGGAACAAAAAGCCAGGGUUGCAAGGCUUGUAGCUAUCGUAUCUGAGAUGCUUAGUUCGUGGGCUGAGACCAUUUGGGGGAUUGAAGAGGACAUGUGGCCUGAGAAAGAUAUUCUCAUGUGGGAGUCUGCUGUGAACUCUUAUGAGGAAGUGUUGCGACGACGGAAAUUGAAAGUCAAGCCAAGCACGCGCAGUGAGCGGCUUCAGAUCUUGAGGCAAUGCUACAGAUUUUACACAGAAGACUACGGCCCUCCUGACAAGAUGCAGCUGGAGCGUCUCGUAUUUGAAAGCUGUCAGGCCAUUUACGAGGAGCGCAAGGGUGUGAUCCAACAAGCAGUUGAGAAAACAAAGGCCUUGCUGGCUCUAGCGGACUUCUGCGAACUGUGCCAUCUGCACAAUGUGGGCUUCCGGCUAUGUGGCAGGUGUAAAGCUGUGAAGUACUGUAGUGAAAAAUGUCAGAAGGAAGAUUGGAAGAAAAAGCAGGGCGGUCAUAAGGAGGUCUGCAACGCUGUUCAGAGGGGUGAAUUGAAACCUGAAAAUGUUCCACGGUUGAAAGUAAUGACCAUGGUGCCAACGCACGCCGCUAAUGCUCUCAUUCCUGCUUACGUGAUGACCCCUAAGUUCGUAUAUAAAGCUUAGAGCAGUCGCAGGUAUGGUCGAUUAAGAAGCUCGCCACGCACCGGACUUCGAAACAUGCGAUUGUCGAGUAUAUAACACACUGACAUGGUCGAUUUGAGGCCUGAUAUGCACUUGAAUCUUCCAACACGUACCGUCGUCACAUGGUUGGCCAG